UUGGAGGUGGGGAUUUAAUAAUUUAAAAGGCGCCUUGAUCGCUCCUCGUAUCUUGAUUAGGUUACUGAUUAUCGUUCUUGCCUAAAUCGUCUCCCUUAUUCGAAACGUCGCGCGAAGCAGAGCGAGUACGCAAACUUAUUCAGUUAUUGGUUUCAGUUUUUCCCCACUUCUCUUGUGGUAGCUACAUCGUCAGCUUGAAAGUUCAUUGUGCAACCUACAUAUGGCAUGCAAACGUUUGCAAAGAGUAGAUAUCAGAAAUGAUCUUCGAGAUCGACUUCUUUCUCAAGACAUAAAAUCCUGUGGGGAUGUGUUAUGCAUGUCAUCACUGGAGCUAAUGAAGGUGACUGGAUGCUGUGGAUUAACAGUUAAAGAGAUUAUCCAAAAAUGCAGCACUUCAGCUGCGCCAGCACCAGUUAUUGCCCUUGACAUGUUAAAAAGGAGAAAACAAGUAAAAGGAUUUUUAUCAACUUCCUUUCCAGACCUUGACCAUGUACUUCAUGGAGGAUUUCCAUCUGGAACCAUCACUGAGAUUGCAGGACCUUCAGGAUGUGGUAAAACACAAUUUUGUUUGACACUUGCUGUGCUUGCCACGUUGCCAGUCAGCAAUGGCGGCUGUGGAGGAACUGUUUUGUUUAUUGACACAGAAGGAGCCUUUAGUGCAGAGAGGCUUGUGGAAAUUGCACGGUGUCGUUUGCCUGAACUCUUUAAGGAUGAUGACAGCUUACACCAGCUGGUCAGUAAUGUCUACAUAGACCUGAUCCAGACUUGUAAAAACCUUAUGAACAGGCUGAAAAAUCUGGAAGAGGACUUGAUCAGCAAGAAUGUGCGGCUGCUAAUUGUAGAUUCUGUGGCAUCACUUGUCCGUAAAGAAUUUGGCUCACUUCAGGAUGGCAUGAUGCGACGUACAGACUUUCUAACUGCAGAAGCAGGACUGCUCAAACACAUAGCUGAGACUUUCUCAAUACCAGUAGUCGUGACGAACCAGAUCACAACCCGUUUCGGAAUUACGCAUGCUCAAUCUUCAGACAGCAGCAGUUACGAUAAAUUGGAGUCAGGCGACGGUAAGAAGACGCUAGGCAGCUCUGUGGAGAUGGACGGGGAGGAUACCUACAUGACUGCAGCGCUAGGGAAUACCUGGAGUCACUGCGUCAACACCCGACUUAUCUUGCAGUUCCUACCCGAGCGGAGAAGACAGAUGUUAGUCGCGAAAUCGCCUGUUGCACCUUUCACCUGUUUUGACAUCAUCAUCAAAGAUGAAGGUGUUCUUCAAGACGGGUCAGGUGUGGCGGUCCACCCAUGUCAGCCACAGGUAAAGGCGACUGAGGGCAACAACAGAGAUUUGAUUGCGGAGAACGUGACACAAACACAUCACUGAAAGCCUCCAGGGUGACUGAGUCCAUGUCAGAUUUCCACGACCUGCACCAAGCAGAUACAGUUAUGAUGACCUGCUAUCGUACAAACUGUCUUGAAGAAGAUUUCUCAGCACUCAAGGAGAGUGAUAAAAGACGAGCUACAUUUCUUCUCCGUCCUCUCUGGGUAAAAAAAAGGGAGGGAGAAAUAUUCUCCCCCUCUAAAAGAAAAGCAAGUGCCAUCCUCAUCUCCUCCAUGUAGAGUGUCCUCUUUCCAGCCCCUUGCAUCGCCUUUUGUCGAUGGCCAUCACUCGAUGACGUGCCCUGCCUCCCCGCCGAGUACAACUUGUGUUUCACGUGGCGGCGGUAAGUGAAGCUUUUUGGGUUGUCCAACCACGUCUGUCUGCGGGAGGAUUUAUCGGUAACGGCUCCGGGCUUGAGAUAGCAAUCUAGUGUCAUCGCCGGUGAUACGGAUGAUAAACUACCUGUUUAAACUGCUACCCCGUGCCUCGGGAGCUGUUACACUCAUACUGAAAACAGCAGCCUUCAGCUGUCAUGGAGAGGUAAGGAGUGGGGAAACAGGGGAGAGAAGGCAGUGGAGAAGAAAAUUGUAAACGAAGGGGAAUAAUUAAAGGAUUUGAGGAAUAGGGUGGGAGCCCUCGUAAAGUAGAAACCUAGACCAAAAAAGAAGUAAAAAGUAAACUUCUGCGAAGAAAGAAUGUAGGAUGCGUUAACGUAAAUCUUUUUUUUGUUCAUCUUAACUUGCAAUAAAAGUUAAGUAAAUUCAAUAUCUGCAAAAAAUGUUACUUUUUAAAAUUGUUCCUUAGAAAAUAAAGGAAGACAGCGCUCAGAAAAAAUCAGUCACAUAUUUUUACUAAUACCAAGUAACAAUUACAAAAAGAAUGACAUACUCUCAGGGUUAUUUUCCAUUGCCCUACCCCUGUUCAGGAAAAAGAAAUGUAGAUUUAUCAGUGUAAUGAUCGGUCAGUGCUGUUAGAAGACGAUUCUUACAAGAAAGGAUCGAUUGAAGAGCUUGGAGGUCGUAGACUGCAGGUUAUUAAAUAGAGUAAAGGAGGGGCUAGCAGAAAAAAAGAAAUCGUUAAAGACAAAGAUGGUCUCAAGAACAAACGUCGCUCCGAACAUUAAAAAAAGGAGCCAAUUAAAUGGAACGGCCACACGGUAUGUGGGAAAGAGAAUUAGGUUUUAAAAAAAUGUUCACAAAACCUGAAAACAUCAUCAUAGUGAGAAUGGGAAAAAUCUGUACAUGAUUUAAAGCAAAAGACAGCGCAAGUGACAUUGGAGUUUCUUUUGAUGGAUCUUAGCUCAGCAGGGAGUACGUAGUGAAGAUGGCAUCCUAAGAGCAUUUUAUUUUGCGGCCGUGAGAAUCUAGGACUUGCAGACAUAGUGCUGAAUGAUGUAGUUGUAAAAGAAAUUUAAAAGCCGGGUGGCUGUCGUACCGAGACCAAAACGCUGAGACCUUUGCAAUUGCCUCUCUCUCCCCACCCCCCAAUACCACCAUCAAUACAGCCUUCACUAUGUAAACAGAACAAAACACACACAGAAGGAUCCUGAUAUGUACAAAAUCAUCAAGAUCGGUAGUGGGUAGACUUAUUUUAUCUGAUUUACUUAAUUAAUAUUGAGAAAGAUGGUGAUUUUUUUUUUUCUCGAUUAUCUUGAUGAUGCUAAUAUGUUGAUCGCCAACAGUAAGAAAAUCAGUAAGACACUUUCCACUAAAAAAUUAUUGAGUGACAAAUAUCAGUUUCACGAGUGAACCAUACCUUCAGUCAAGUUAUUAUAUUUGGGGGCAAAAUCCACAACUUUAGAUAUUAUUUUAUGUUUAUGCUUUAAUGCAGUGGGUGUGGUCUGGGUAAUCUGUUGAGUACCUACGCAUUAACUCUGGACUGGAUGACUUGAUCCCCUACCCCGUACCAUCAGCCCUUCACGCAACCCCAGAAGAAGGAAGCAUUUUCCCAAAAGCCGUAUAUUAGUGACAGUCCCUAUUUUCCAGCCUUCCCAUCAGUUGUCUAAUUCACCGCAAGCUUGGAAGCAGCCGGCAGGGCAAUCACUUUUGAAAAGGAGAGUUGAGGUGGAAUGAGUAUCGUCUCCCUAGGGGAAGCCCUUGAUACCAUCUUGACUCAGACGUGUUUACAUCUGGAAGUUGCAGUGAUAGAGUCAGAAGCUGAAUUGAAUGGGACCGCAGACAGCCAACUUACAGGCCAGUACACGCAGUGUAAUUGCCAAGAGACCCUUAGCUCGACGAAGCGUUUGUGGAGCUAAGCUUGCUUGGACAUGCUUAAGAAGUUCUAAAGAAAUUUUAGCACCGACUUGUACAAACAAUUUUGAUGCACGAGGUUUGAAAGAGAGAGAAGGCGGGGUGAGAGAGAAGGUUGGUGGCACAAAAGAUCGCCAGACGAAAAACGUUUGCGUUGUGAAGAGGUUGGGGGAUUAAACGUUGGCGGGAGCGGGGAGGCUGCGAGGAGAAAGAACUGCUUUGAAAAUAUGGAACUGUAAACGUGGAUAAGGAUACAUAAAAAUCUAGGAGCGGCAAGCUGAGAUACACAAGCGUGCAGUGCAGAGCAUGAAGGUAAAUGGGGACCAGAUGGGGGGAAGAAGGUCGGGAGAUAAGCUGAGGUUUUGCGGAACAGUUGAAAGAACGACAACCUCACGUCUGGACAGCGUCUUCAGAGCAGCAGGGGCAUGGGCCAGUAAUUAAACCAACUUAGUGGGAGACGGUCUUAUCUGAUGCAGGGAUCAACUACAAGAAAGUUCCAUAAUUAUACUUAAAAUAAGAGAGGAUGAACAUUAAAGAUUGUAUAUAUUAUUAUGAUUACCUUAAUGGAAAUGUUAAAUUUUGUUUAAUGAGCUUCAUAUCGCUUUUACUGAUUGAUAAUUAUACUAAGUUGGUAUAUUAAGUCGUAACCACAGACGCAAUAAAGUAACAAAAUGUAUAUAUAUAAACCUGUAUGAUCCAUAAAACAUUUUAGCUCACACCUCUGAAAAAUAUUACU